AUGAGUAGCCAUUGGUACCACGUCACUCUCCUACUCUUCCUAAUAAUUUCCGUCGCCGGCAAAUCAUCCCCGGAACACCACGACCUCGUCGAGAAAUCCUGCGUCCACGCCAGCUACCCCAACCUCUGCCUCCGCACCCUCUCCACCAACGGCGGCGCCUCCGCCACCACCCCCCGCGAGCUCGCGCAAGUCGCCGUCCGGGUCAGCCUCGCCCACGUCCGCCGGGCUUCCGAUUUCCUCUCCGACCUGAAGGCCGGCGGCCGGCGGGAGCGGAGCGCUCUCACGGACUGCGUGGAACAGAUGGCGGACUCAGUCGACGACCUGAGCCAGACGCUGGCGGCGUUGCGGCGCCUCCGCCGCGGAGCCGACUUCCAUUGGCAGAUGAGCAACGCGGAGACGUGGGUGAGCGCCGCACUCACGAACGAGGACACGUGUCUCGAUGGUUUCCGGGAGAUCGACGGGAAGGUCCGGUCGGACGUCCACCGGAAAAUCAACAACGUCGCUAGGGUUACGAGCAAUGCUCUCUACCUCAUCAACCUACUUGACCAGUGA